AUGGCAUGUUGUGCAUUGCAAACGGUGGCCCUCAUGCUUGGGAUUAUCGGCAUGGCUGGAACAUUUGCUACUACCCUGAUGCCUCAGUGGAAAGUAUCUGCCUUUAUGGGAAACAUUAUAGUCUUUGAGACGAUUUGGGAAGGGCUGUGGAUGGUGUGCGUCAGUCAUAUCAAGAAGCAUCAGUGCAAGUUCUAUGGGUCCCUAUUGGCCCUUCCAACAGCCUUAGAUGUAUCCCGAGCGCUCAUGUGCAUAGCCUGCGUACUGUCAGUCAUUGCCUUCCUGGUAGCCCUUGCGGGCAUGAAGUGCAUCCGAUGUCCUGGCAAUGACGAGCAAGUCAAGAGCAAGAUUUUGUUGGCAGCUGGAGCCCUUUUUCUUCUGACUGGAGUUAUUGUGCUGAGUCUUGUUUCCUUUGUUGCUCACAAUAUCAUCAAGGACUUCCACAAUCCUGCUAUCCACGUUACCCAGAAACGUGAAUUGGGAGCUGCCCUCUAUUUAGGCUGGUCCACCUCAGCUUUUCUAAUCAGCAGUGGAGCCAUAUUUUUCAGCUUCUGCCACUGCACAGAAAAGCCUGGAAGAUACAGGUAUUCAUUGCCAUCUGGCCAUCGACUAAGCCAACCUGAACAUAUCAGAAUGAAGCCCCUGAGUGUACACUCUUAUGUCUGA